AUUCUUGCUGUGCGGUACUGUGCUCGCAUCAUACUGUGCACCUCUAUACCCGCAUUCUCCCACCACCGUCCCCCCCUCUCCUUCCCUCCUUCACGCCCCCGGUUAUCCAUCGUUCAUCACCCUUCCUCCUCGCUCAUCGUGCUCCUUCCGUCCCCUCAUUCUUCAUCCACCUCCUUGCUUCUGCAAACUCCCCUCUCCUCUCUUCCCCCUCUCGCACCCCAAUCCUGCACCUCCCUUUGCAUCCGUUAGAAAUCCCCUACCACUACACCUUUCUUUGUUCGUCCAAAACUGCGCUCUCGGCCAUUUUUUCGCAUCGCAAGAUCCCGCUUCGAUAGCUUAAUUUUCAUCCCAUUUCUCCUACCUCCAUCACAACACCAUUAUGAGACCUGAACAGGAACAAGAAUUGGCCUACACCCUAAUGGUAGAGCUUUUGGCCUACCAAUUCGCGAGCCCCGUGAGAUGGUUUGAAUCCCUACGCUUCCUGUUUCCUCAUAUUUGGUGAUGCUCGCUAAUUCCUCUGGUGCUCCAGGAUCGAAACACAGGAUGUUAUUCUAUCCCAGCAUGCUGCCGAACGCUUAGUUGAAGUCGGUCCGUCGGAUACUCUGGGUGGAAUGGCCCGACGCACCCUAGCCGCCAAAUACGAAGCCUAUGAUGCUGCCCAAUCGCUUCAGCGUCAGAUUCUUUGCUACAAUAAAGAUGCCAAAGAAAUCUACUACGAUGUUGAGCCCGUUGAGGAGGAAGAAGAGAGAUCCGCAGAAGCUUCGCCAACCCCUUCCGCCCCUUCUGCACCUGCGGCAGGUACUGCUCCUGUAGCGGCAACCCUACCAGCUCCAACCGGUCCGGCGUCAGCGGUUGCAGAUGAGCCAGUUCAAGCCGUAGACAUUGUUCGAUCUCUUAUUGCCCAAAAAUUGAAGAAACCACUUUCCGAAAUCCCGUUAUCAAAAGCUAUUAAAGAUCUGGUAAACGGAAAGAGUACACUGCAGAAUGAGAUUCUUGGAGGUCAAAUUCCCUGCUGUCACCGUAUUUCCCUCCUUUUUUUCUUUUCCGGUUGUGCUGACGGAGCGGAGGUUUAUAGAUUUACAAAAGGAGUUCGGAAACACCCCCGAAAAACCAGAAGACACACCUCUCGACGAACUGGGGGCCGCCAUGCAGGCAACCUUCAACGGACAGCUCGGCAAGCAAUCUAGCUCUAUGAUUGCCCGCAUGAUCUCUUCUAAGAUGCCCGGCGGUUUUAAUAUCACCACGACGAGAAAGUAUCUUACCGACCGCUACGGUCUGCAACCCGGCCGACAGGAUGCCGCCUUGAUGCUGGCUAUAACAAUGGAGCCUGCGGCAAGACUUGGGAGCGAGGGUGACGCAAAGGCAUUUUUAGACGAUGUUGUAACAAAGUACGCCGCUAGUACCGGGAUAUCACUCUCAGGUCCCGCUGCCGGAGGUGCUGCGGCUGGUGCUUCCGGUGGAAUGAUGAUGGAUCCUGCGGCAAUUGAUGCCUUGACCAAGGAUCAACGAGCCCUUUUCAAACAGCAAUUGGAACUACUCGCACGAUAUCUUAAAAUGGAUCUCCGAUCAGGUGAAAAGGCUUUUGCGGGGUCACAAGAGGCCAACAAGCUUCUCCAGGCACAGAUCGAUUUGUGGAAUGUUGAACACGGAGAAAUCUACGCCUCCGGUAUUGAACCAUCCUUCUCCCCAUUGAAAGUUAGAGUUUACGACUCGUCAUGGAACUGGGCUCGACAAGAUGCGCUCAACAUGUACUUUGACAUCAUCUUCGGUCGCCUCAGGCUCGUGGAUCGAGAAAUUGUCUCGCAAUGCAUUCGAAUCAUGAACCGAUCAAACCCCACCCUGGUGGAGUUCAUGCAAUAUCAUAUCGACAAUUGUCCUGCCGAGCGCGGCGAAACAUAUCGCCUGGCGAAGGAUCUCGGUUAUCAGCUUAUCGCUAACUGCCAAGAGGUCCUUGGGACAGCUCCGGUGUACAAAGAUGUUCAGUAUCCAACCGCACCGCAGACCACAAUUGAUGCCAGGGGUAAUAUGAAGUAUUCUGAAGUACCGCGACCGGCUGUUCGGAAACUUGAACAUUAUGUCAAAGAAAUGGCUGCUGGGGGAAAGCUCACUGAAUACGGUAAUCGAACUAAAGUCCAGAACGAUUUGGCCAAGGUCUACAAGAUCAUCAAGCAGCAACACAAACUUUCUAAAUCGUCGCAGCUGGAAAUCAAGACCCUCUAUGCGAAUAUAUUCCGUAGUUUGGCUAUGAAUGAAGCUCAGAUGUUCGCAGAGGGUGCGAAGACAAACAAAAAACUGGGAGGCAAGAAGGCGCAGUCACCCGGAAAGGGCCGUGUCGAAUGCAUUCCAUUCCUUCAUUUGAAGAGAAAGGAAGAUAAUGGAUGGGAAUACUCCAAGAAGUUGACCGGAUUGUAUUUGGAUUGUUUGGAGCAGGCCGCCCAGGUAAGCAUUACUUACCUGGUUGAACUCCACAGCUCUGCUAACGGCUUUUCAGUCUGGUGUUACAUUUGAGAAUAAAAACGCUUUGAUGACUGGCGCCGGUGCCGGGUCUAUUGGAGCCGAGGUUCUGCAGGGUCUCAUCAGCGGUGGUGCCAGAGUUGUCGUUACCACCAGUCGAUUCUCACGCGAGGUAACGGAAUAUUACCAGGCGAUGUACUCCAAAUUUGGGUCACGUGGCUCUCAGUUGAUUGUUGUACCAUUCAACCAAGGUAUGGACUUCGCACUAAUGGUUCGCACCCCACAGCUAACGAAUUCACAGGAAGCAAGCAGGAUGUCGAAGCCCUCGUUAAUUACAUUUAUGAUGAGAAGAAUGGCCUUGGUUGGGAUCUCGACUAUGUCGUUCCUUUCGCCGCUAUCACUGAGAACGGCCGUGAGAUUGAUGGAAUUGACUCCAAGUCAGAGCUUGCUCAUCGUAUCAUGUUGACUAAUUUGCUUCGUCUCCUUGGUAUGGUUAAAACCAAUAAAGCCUCCCGCGGUUUCGAAACACGCCCUGCUCAAGUUAUCCUACCUCUAUCUCCUAACCAUGGUACAUUCGGCAAUGACGGUCUCUACUCCGAAUCCAAAUUGGCCCUGGAGGCGUUGUUCCAAAGAUGGCAUUCGGAGUCUUGGGGAAGUUACCUUACCAUCUGUGGUGCUAUCAUCGGUUGGACCCGCGGUACCGGUCUUAUGGCAGGGAAUAACUCCAUCGCUGAGGGUGUUGAGAAAUUGGGUGUUCGCACAUUUUCUCAGCCAGAGAUGGCCUUCAAUCUUCUUGGCCUUAUGGCGCCUGCAAUUGUCGAUCUCUGCCAAAUUGAACCUGUAUUUGCCGAUCUUAAUGGUGGCUUCCAAUAUAUCCCUAACCUAAAGAAUGUUUCCGCACAGCUUAGGCGAAACCUCUUAGAAACUUGUGAAGUUCGUAAAGCUGUUACUGCGGAGACCUCUAUAGAGCACAAGAUCGUCAACGGCGAAAUUUCGGAGAAGCUUUACAAAAAGGUUGCUAUUCAACCCCGUGCCAACAUGAAAUUUGCCUUUCCCGAACUGCCCGAUUACAAAAAGGAGAUUGAGCCGCUCGCGCAAAACCUACGUGGCAUGGUUGACCUUGAGAAGGUGGUGGUUGUUACCGGCUUUGCCGAAGUCGGUCCAUGGGGUAACUCCCGCACUCGAUGGGAGAUGGAGGCAUAUGGCAAAUUUUCCCUUGAGGGGUGUAUUGAAAUGGCCUGGAUCAUGGGUCUUAUCAGGCAUUUUAAGGGGCCUAUUAAGGGUAACCAGUACGCUGGUUGGGUUGAUGUCAAGACCGGCGAGCCCGUUGAGGACAAGGAUAUAAAGCCCAAGUACGAGAAAUACAUUCUGGAGCACUCCGGGAUCCGACUCAUCGAGAGUGAUUUGUUCGGCGGCUACGAUCCGAAGAAAAAGGAGCUUCUCCAGGAGGUUGUGAUUGAACACGAUCUGGAACAAUUCGAGGCCAGCAAGGAGACGGCCGAGGAGUUCAAGAGACAUCACGGCGAUAAGGUCGAGAUUUUUGAAAUCACGGACACCGGCGAGUACACUGUUCGUGUCAAGAAGGGUGCUAUCCUAUUCAUUCCAAAAGCCUUGAAGUUCGAUCGUCUUGUGGCGGGCCAAAUUCCCACUGGGUGGGAUGCGAAGAAGUACGGAAUUCCUGAUGACAUUAUCAGUCAGGUUGAUCCGGUCACUCUCUACCUCUUGGUGUGCGUUGUCGAAUCACUCUUGGCCGCGGGCAUUACCGACCCUUACGAAUUCUACAAAUAUGUUCAUUUAUCGGAGGUCGGAAACUGCGUCGGCUCGGGCGUCGGUGGUAUGACUGCACUCAGAGGUAUGUACAAGGAUAGGCAUAUGGACAAGCCUAUCCAGAAAGACAUUCUUCAGGAAUCUUUCAUCAAUACCAUGUCCGCAUGGGUCAACAUGUUGCUCCUUUCGUCUACCGGCCCUAUAAAAACCCCUGUAGGCGCAUGUGCCACGGCUGUUGAGUCGCUUGACAUCGGUUAUGAGACGAUUGUCGAAGGCAAGGCGAGAGUGUGCUUUGUCGGUGGCUUCGAUGACUUCCAGGAGGAAGGAUCCUACGAAUUUGCUAAUAUGAAGGCAACCAGCAAUGCCGAGGAAGAGUUGUUGCACGGAAGAACCCCCCAAGAAAUGUCCAGACCCACAACCACUACGCGUAGCGGCUUCAUGGAAUCCCAAGGGUGUGGUGUACAACUUGUCAUGACCGCAAAACUUGCGUUGGAGAUGGGUGUUCCUAUCUACGGUGUUGUGGCUCUUACCGCUACCGCUACUGAUAAGACCGGAAGGAGUAUCCCAGCACCGGGGCAGGGUAUCCUUACCACCGCGCGCGAGACUAGCAGCAAAUUUCCUAGCCCACUCCUCGACAUCAAGUACAGACGGAGACAGCUCGAGCUUCGAAAAUCCCAGAUCAAACAAUGGACUGAGAGCGAGCUCCUCUACCUUCAGGAGGAGGUUACGGCUAUGAAGGCCGAGAAGGUUGGCUUUGACGAAAACGAGUAUAUGCAGGACCGCGCCGGCCAUAUCGAGCAGGAAUCGCAAAGGCAAGAGCGAGAAGCCCUCAAUGCAUGGGGCAACGACUUUUGGAAGCAGGAUCCUCGGAUUGCACCAUUGAGAGGAGCCCUGGCCGUUUGGGGCUUAACCAUUGAUGACUUGGGCGUUGCUUCCUUCCACGGAACUAGUACCAAGGCCAACGAUAAGAACGAGUCCGAUGUCAUUAACAAGAUGAUGAUGCAUCUUGGCCGGCAGAAGGGUAAUGCUGUUCUCGGUAUCUUCCAGAAAUACCUCACCGGACAUCCUAAGGGUGCCGCCGGCGCUUGGAUGAUGAACGGAGCGAUACAGGUCUUGAACUCGGGCCUCGUUCCCGGUAAUCGAAAUGCUGACAACGUCGACAAAAGUCUUGAACAAUUUGAUUACCUCGUGUACCCAAGCCGUAGCAUCCAAACAGACGGUAUCAAGGCAUUUUCGGUCACUUCGUUUGGUUUCGGACAGAAGGGCGCUCAAGCCAUUGGCGUUCACCCCAAAUAUCUCUUCGCCACCUUGGACGAGCAAACCUACGAAACUUAUCGUGCCAAGGUCAAUUCCCGCUACAAGAAAGCCUACCGGUACUACCACACUUCCUUGGUGGAGAAUAAUCUGUUCCAGGCCAAGGCCGAUGCUCCCUAUACCCCAGAUCAGGAAUCCCAAGUCUUGCUUGACCCUCUCGCCCGUGUGCAAGCGGACAAAAAGACGAACAGUUAUACUUAUCCCGCCCAGAUCCAGAAGAAGAGGCCUGAUCCUUCGGUGGAGAACACUAGAAAACUUGUGGAGCAUUUAGCAUCAGCCACUGCCGGCGAAAAUAGCAGGAUUGGAGUUGACGUUGAGUUAAUCUCCAGUAUCAAUAUUGAUAACGAGAACUUUAUCGAACGGAAUUUCACCCCAGCCGAGCAGGAGUACUGCCGAAAAGCCCCCAGUCCACAAGCCAGUUUCGCGGGUAGAUGGAGUGCCAAAGAGAGCGUGUUCAAGGCGUUAGGUGUUUCCAGCAAGGGGGCCGGCGCUCCAUUGAGGGACAUUGAGAUCCUCAGCGAUGAUAAGGGUGCGCCCGUUGUCUUGGUACGUGUAUAGCCUUUUACUAUUCAAUCUUGUACUUUAUCGCUAAUUCAUCUAUAGUUGCACGGUGGUGCCAAAGAAGCAGCCGACAAGGCUGGUGUUAAGGGGGUUCAGGUAUCGAUCAGUCAUAGCGAUGCUCAGGCAAUUGCCAUUGCAGUUUCGAGUUUCUAAAUGCAUGGGCUUUCCUGAUUGUGUUUUUUUCAUUUUGUCUUGCUAUCGCCUUUCCUAAUUUAUCAUAAUUUACGAAUACCAGUGUAUGUAAUGAUUCUCUUUGUACGGGAUGCAUGGGGCGGUAAACUUGUCAAUGGGUAUUCAUCGGGGAUAUUAAAAUAGAGCUCUUUUAUCAUACGCGUUUCGUAGUAAUCAACAGAUCAACAGUUU